GUUGCUGCUCUCCUCUGCUUCUUGUUCACCAAGUCGUAGAAGUUCAUUUGGAGCUGAGGCACAGUCUGAGAAACCGACCGAUCACAGAGUACAGAGUAGAGUUCACUGAAUCUCUAUCGCAAAUGGAAUUCAUUCAUGAAGAAGGCAAACGCUUUCACGACGAGUGCUCAACUCUUGUACUGCCUGCGUUGUCGAUUGGGAAUGUGGGACAGCUUGCGGUGGAUCUUUUGGCGUCGACGAUGAGAGCAGAGAGAGUUGGAUAUUUGGAUAGUCCCUUUGUUCUGCCCUGUGUUGGAAAUGACGCAUAUGGUCCUGUUCCACAAGGCGACCUUGCUCUUCCUCUUGAAGCUUACGAGUCGACUUCUAAUGCAUUGACUCUUCUUCAACAAAGGUCACCAGUUGUUAAGGGGACAAUGGUUGAAUUUGCCAAAAAUUUGGCGGAUUUUGCUUUCACUAGUGGAAAAAACCAUGUUAUUGUGCUCUCUAGCUUAGAUUUUGGGAGGUGGCAGAGAAUUGAUACAUCAAGUGGUUUGCAGGUACAUUACCUAUCUAGCGCCAAUAAGGAUGGAACAGAUGAUUACUGUGAAACUUUUGGGUGGAAAAGGCUGCAGGAAUUUAACCCUGAUCAGAGGAGAUGGAAGUAUCUUAGUAAUUUGGCUGAAGGUAGUGUCUCUCAGGAUGAGAACUUGCCUUUCGAAGAUGACCAAGAAGAUGAUGAAGAUUAUUAUGCAAGUUUGCCUUUUGCUGCACUUUAUUCCUGUUUGAAGGCCAAAGGUUUGAAGGUCACCUGCUUACUAUGCUACUGUUCAGAAGGGGACAACAUGCCUGAAGCUUUCCAUUUGGCUGAGGCAGUAUGCAAAUUUCUAGAUCUCAAUCCCAGUAAGUCCCAUGGUAAUAAUGGAGGCAAAUGGGUCAUUCCGUUUUCUUGGAAAACUGUGUACGGACCGCCCCCAGACAUGUCUAUGUUCUAGGCUGAAUGGACAAUUAAAGGCCCGAGAUAAAAUAUGCCAGCAGAGAGGAAAGAAUACGCAUCAUAGAAAUGCUGGAAUGGUUGAGUUGUAUGCAUAUAACAGCAUAAUUUUUCUUUUUGUCUCUCAUUCCAAUGUGAUCCAGCCAACAAAUUAGUCCAAAUUAUUAUUUUGAGAGGUUAUUUCAUUUUAAUAUUUCCUUGUU